UAUUCAUCAUUGAUCUAGACACUCUUUGUGGAACAAAUUUCUAGCCAGAAAUUUCAGAAACUCACCAACUACUACGUAGCAGUACUUCACAACCUUAAUAAAUAAAAACAGUUUUUCACUACAUUUUUAAUGUUCUGUCUCCUUCCCCAUCACCAUCCUCAUUUAUACACCACCUAGGAUCUGAUAUAACCCAUUUGUUUAUUUUCUAUCCAUCUUUUUCGGUUAUGGAUCUUGUUAGUAGAAGAUUCUUGAUCCAUUUUUCACAACAUGGUUCAGAUUCACAGUCACAUUCACAACUACAAGCGAUUUCUCCAACAAGUUCAUCGAGUUCGAUUUUUCAUCCUCAUAUGCAUCAUUCCAGCACAAGUUUUCCAAUAAUAGCAAUCGCUAUAAUCGGAAUAUUAGCAACAGCCUUCUUGCUUGUUUCCUACUACAUCUUCGUCAUCAAAUGUUGUCUCAAUUGGCACCGUAUCGAUCUUCUACGACGUUUCUCACCUUCUCGAAGACGACAAGAUCCGACUACUGCGUACUCGCCGAGUACAGAGCCUCGCGGCCUAGACGAGGCCGUGAUUAGGCUAAUCCCAGUGAUUCAAUUCAAAACAGAAGAGGAGAACAGAGAUUCUUCCGAAUGUGCUGUUUGUUUGAACGAUUUUCAACAGGAUGAGAAACUUCGGAUUAUACCGAAUUGUAACCAUGUUUUUCACAUUGAUUGCAUUGAUGUUUGGUUACAAAACAAUGCUAAUUGUCCACUUUGUAGAACAAGUAUUUCUUUGACAAAAAGAUACCAUUUUGAUCAAAUGCUUCAACAAAGUCCAUUUUCAGUUUCAUCUCAAGAUCAAAAUCAACAUGAUGAUGAAGAUUUUGUUGUGAUUGAAUUGAGUAACAAUGAUGCAAUAGAGUUACCAUUAUCAUUACCAUUACCAUUACCAUUACCGUUACCAUUACCAAGAGCGAGUUCGAUUAGUCCUUCGCCGAGAAAAAGUCGAAAAAAAUUGCAUAAAGUUACAAGUAUGGGAGAUGAAUGCAUUGAUAUUAGAGCAACAAAAGAUGAACAAUUUUCAGUUCAACCAAUUAGAAGAUCUUUUUCAAUGGAUUCAUCAGGGGAUAGGCAGUUUUAUCUUGCAGUUCAAGAAGCUCUGCAUCAGCAAAAGAGGGGUGUCAAUGAAGUUAACAGCUCCAUUGAAGGGUGCAGUGGUGGUGGAAGUGGUGGUUGUGGUGGUGGUGGUGGUGGUGGAAGUGGAAGAGUGAAGAAAUCAUUUUUUUUAUUUGGAUAUGGAAGUAGAUCUAGAAGUUCUGUUCAACCUGUGCAUUUAGAUUCUUGAAAUUUUUUUCUUUUUUUAGUUGUUUUUAAUUGUGUUUGCAACUUGCAAGAUUCUUAGGUUUUUUUUUUUUUCUUUUGGGUUGAGAUGGAGAUAUUAGAGAUUUGAAUAGGUCAUCAUAGGAUUAGGGAUUGUAAUUUGUAUGACACAAAAUUAUUCAAUUGGAAUUAAUUUUAAUUUGAAA